AUGCUGAGGCCCUUGUGGAGAAGGGUGCUCGGGGAGCCCAUUCCUUGCCCGCCUCACGGUAGGGCAUCCUUCCGCUCGACCCCCGUCGUCUGUGCGAAAUGGAAGAGCAAGUUUAACCGCAAGGUCCGCCUCUUCUCUCUCCGAACAUCGUGUUAUCUCUCACUUUCAAUGCGCUUUGCCGUAUUCUUUCCGAGACGUGGCCAGAUAUCGGAGAGAGAGAGAGAGAAGAUGAAUUAUGAUGGUUCGCUGUGUAAAAUUCGUCCGUUUGGUUCGGAAUUCGGCAUCCAGGAAGGCAUCCGGUGUUUCAACGAUUUGAACUCAUGUCGAGUCAAAUUUUCUCGCCAAUUCCAUUCCCAUAGCGCGUUUUUCUGUGAUCGGGCAUCGGUGGUUGGAAGGUCAACGUGGUUUCUUCGUACAACAUAAUCCUGCCGAUGGCUUCUUCAAGGGACCAAUUCAACUCGGAAAAAUCCUCUUCUUAUGCGGAGAAAGGCACCCGGUUCCAAGCGACUAGGCGACAUUUGCUUCCAUUUACCGUGCAAAGGAAUUUGAUGCUGUACACUGGGAUAUAGGAAUUCUAGUACACUUUAUCUACGUCACGACUCUGUGGUUCGAGGUUCGGCAUGAGAAUGUGUGCUACUUUGAUAAUGAUCCUCAAGUGGAGAUCAUACCUAUAUCUGCACUAAAAUCUGGUUUCUGUCAAUCUUAUCAUCUGGGAUUCGGUUUUUAGUAAUCUGGCGUCGUCAGAAUCUUUCUCUCUCUCGCCUUCUACAUAUUAAUCAGGUUUCAUUUGAAAAUUAAGGCUGACAACAGCUCGUGUGCUUGCAGGAGGAGACAGGAGGGCAACGGGCACCGAAGGUAUUAGAUCAGAAAUGUUGGAGAUGUGUCAGCUGUAACUCUUGCUGCAUUCUUGGAGUUACUUAUAAUCUAUUGGUUUAGCAUUAGUGGCGUGUGAUUUAAACCAGUCUAAAAGGUGAUUUUUUUGUGGGAAUUUUCCAAAGUUGAAUGAAGACUAUAUCCGGCACAUUGUCCAUGCCAUGAAAAUGUGAAAUCAUGGUCAUGAUAUUUCACUAUCGUCGAAUGAACUUAAAUGGUUGGAAUACCUUGGUAAAUUUUGUUUUCCCCAAUCAAUCCAUUUGUGAUAAUAAAGAAAGGGGUAAAAUUUUAUCCGAAAACUGAAAUGGUCUUGAGUUGAUCUCGCGGAAAUUUAUGAUAUGUAAUGUGUUUAAGAAACUUCAAUCGUUCUGGAUUUGCCUAUGCUUUAUACGUAUUUAAUUGGGCAUGAUCGGGAAUCAUGUCAUUGCUUAGUCCAAAGGGAACCAAUCAUUUGAGUACGUUACCACCAUUUAUUUUCUUUUUCUUUAAUUUCAUGGAGGAGGGCAUUUGGAUAUUUUCGAUCAUGGGCGCUUGCAUUCCUGAAUCUGAAUAUCAUCUAGGGUAAAUUUCUUGCAAGAAAGAAGCCCUCGAUCGACUGUAAGGACUAUUUCACAUUGGAAUCCCAAGUGGAAGUAUGUGCCAUAGCUUUGAGCGAAUGAGUGCUCAAAUCCUUUGUAUUUUAUAUCUCAUCUGCCUGUGUUAUGCUUUUCUACAUAGCCUUAUGGACUGAUGUUUCCAAAUUCAGAAUUAUAUCAGAUAUGUCGUCCGCCAAAGGCGAGCUGAUGCCAAAAGAGCUCUUAAAGAUCUUUUAAAUGGCAGAUCUUCUAACCCUUAUUUUCAGGUAAUCUCUCUCUCUCUCUCUCUCUCUCUCUCUCUCUCUCUCUCUCUCUUGCUUGGUAGUCCCAUUGAAAUUCAUGCGUCUUCAGCUUGUUGAAUAUCUUUGAAUGGUGAAUGUUAGUGGGUUAUCAUUUCUUCAUGAUCUCCAGUAAGAAGAUUUAAUGCGCAGGAUCAUCGACUGCUCCAUUUUACGUUGCUGGUAAUUUUCUUUCUUGGAUGUUCUUGAUCAUGACAGAGUGAUAAGCUUUGGCAUUUCCUUCCCAGGAUGAAGCCGGCUCUUGGCAUUCCGAGGAGGAAAGAAGUGGGUUCAGGGGUGAAGACGUCUCCGAUGAUCUUGACGACCGAGCCCAGGCCAAGAACCAUUCCCAAUUCAGGCCCCGCCAUCCACCCAGAAGAUGCAGGCGCAAUGGUAGUUCUUCCUGCUCCAUGAAGCCCUAGUUACAUACAUGGCUGUUCACAUUCUCUGAUGUUCAUGACAGACAGUGGAAGUCUUAUCCAUGUGGUUUCUGUCUUCUUUCCUUCCUCGUGCAAUGGCGAUCAAGGACCUGAGAUUCUAGCUUGUUUCUCGCAGGUAAGAAGAGCAGCCGCAGCUUCUACUCGGAGGACGAUGAUGGCGACCUGCACGUAGGCCCCGUCUUUCAGGCAACGUUUGGUAACAGAUGCUACACCUGGUCCUUCAGGCCAUGGCAGGAGUUCAACUCCAGGAACCCGCCUCCUGGGUUUGAGUGGAGAGGAGGAUCGGGCUCGACGGGGAAGGACAGAGUAUGGGAGAGCAGCAGCGAGAGCGAUGACGACUCCGGCUGGGCAAAUCAGGGAAGGGCAUGGGAAAGAGACAGUGAUUUCGACGACGAUAACGACGACGACGACGAUCCUUGCAGGGCAUCAAAACCCGUAGGAUUAUACUCCCACAGAGCCACGCUUGGACUGCCGGCGACGGGCCCGCUGAAGAUCGGCGAUGUGAAGAUCGCGUAAGCUCGCCGGAACGAACCUUUUCCCCCCUACCCGUAGGAUUAUCCUCCUCUUGGAGACUUCAUAAUCGGAGGCUUUCUGAACGCUGCAGAUUUCGCAUGGCCGCGUUGAAAUGGCAUCCUGACAGGCACCCGGGCCCUUCUCAGGUGUGGGGCUCUCAAUCGCUCUUCAUUUUUUCACGGAAAAGAUGGCAUUUAUCGGGUGAUUUCUGACGGUGGAGGUGUUCGCUUCUGGGCAGCAGUCCGUCGCGGAGGAGAAGUUCAAGCGCUGCCUUGACGCCUACAAGUGCCUUUGCGACGCACUGAACUCGGCGUGA